UUUCGUAACUAAUCUUCUUGGGAUAAGGUAGCGCGAUACACAUUACCUACGACACAAAACAUGCUCGAAAGACUUACAAGUCUCAGUAAUCCUACUCAUGUCGGUACGCCAUACUGAAGGACACCUAUUCUCCCAUACUUCCGGCCGCCAAGAUGCCGCCAAAGGACAGCUCCUCUACCCAUGACUCUGGCUACUCAGCCAUUGCGAACCAAAGUACAAUUCGCUCACAAAGGUCUCAGGACUACCGGGGUGAACGGAAUAAACGACAAACUUCUCAAGGCAAGCUUGUUGUUACCAACGAGCACCAUGCGAUAGCAGAGACCGAACAAUCAGAAUCUUCGCUCUAUCUCUCAGCCAUUUCCAGCUUUCUAUCAACAGAGACAAAGACCAUUUUGGAUACAAUUCUCACGAAAGCACUAGACCUAGUCGUUAAAUCGACGGGAACAGCCACACCAGAUCUACCUGACAACCUUUUCAUUCCCUUCACCAUUGGCGAAAGAGUUAUUGUUUCUAUAAAUCAUGAGUUACGUAAACAGGACUUAAUGUUAGAUGUGCCGAUAUCCCACGGAUUUACCGUGCGCGAUCUUAGAAGAUUGUACUACAUGGUAGAGUCGAACCCUCCCAGGCCCGCCAGUCCCAAUACCACGAAACCAAUCCCUGCGAAUUCUAAGGCAGGAAUACCAGAUAUCUUUAAGUAUCUCAUCUCCACGGACGCGACUCGGGAUACCAAUCUCCACAUUAUGCUGGCCUUUUGGGGAAAGGUUCGAAAGCAGUACCCUCAAGCAUUGGUGCCUAAAGAUCUAUCGGAAAGCGCCAGACAAGUUCGAGAUCGCCAUUUGGAGGAAAAUUACUGCAUUCAUUGCGUUGCGAUGGAGGGAGACCAGCAUGCGCGGAAUGUGUUCGCUCGAAACAAGAAUGCCAGUAUGCUCCAAGACUACGACAACAAUCUACUUUACAGUGUCUGACGUGCAGGCAGAGAAGAAUAAUAUGCGACCUACAGAGACCAGAAUGUAGUGGAUGUGUUCUUUCGGGAAGGAAAUGCCUAGGAUAUAU